AUGCGGCCAUUUGCAACUGUGCUCUAUUCAAUUUCCUGCGGCUGGAUCACGAUUGAACUGGCUACACUGAGCAACUGGACCUUCUGCAGUGGGGUCAUUGAGUGGCUUUUGACACUGUACAACAAGACCUUCUGCAGUGGGGUCAUUGCAAGGUUUUUGACACUGUACAACUGGACCUUCUGCAGUGGGGUCAUUGCGUGGCUUUUGACACUGUACAACUGGACCUUCUGCAGUGGGGUCACUGCAAGAUUUUUGACACUGUACAACUGGACCUUCUGCAGUGGGGUCAUUGGGGCAUUUGUAACGCUGGUCAGUCCUUUAUUUCACGGGAGGAUCCCUACUGGAGAUUUCCCACUGUACAACAGGACCUUCUGCAGUGGGAUCACCACAAGCUCCGGGACACUGUGCAACUGGACCUUCUGCAGUGAGGUCAUUGAGAUAUUGCCGACUCCAUCCCUUAAGGCUCCACUUGACUGGGCACUACAGGCGUUUACAAUGUUCGACAGAUCUUGUGGAAGCACCCACCUUGACAGGCAGCCACAGAGAAACUUGACCUCUUCUGAAAUCACGGAAAGGGUGUCAAUCUGGCACAAUAACACGCAUUCAGCAGUGAUCAGCCUGGUCUUUUGCUGUGCAUUCAUUGCAAUUGCACUCAUUCAGAUUUGCCGCAGUUUGGGUAUCGUGGACCCUUUAUUUGUCCCUGCACUGCUCAACUGGUUCCACAGUGAAGCGAACUCCUUUCAUUUUAAUUUCAAUUCCUUUACAUUGUACAAGUUGGCCUUCUGCAGUGGGGUCGCCAAGAUUUUUACACUGUACAACAGGGCCUUCUGCAGUGGGGUCUCCAUUACACGGUGCAUCGAGACCUUCUGCCGUGGGGUCACCAUUACAAUCACACUGUGCAACUGGGCCUUCUGCAGUGGGGUCAUUUUUGGUUUAGCUACACCGUACAACUGGACUUUCUGCGGUGGGGUCACAGCAAUUUUUACGCUGUACAAUUGGGUCUUCUGCGGUGGGGCCCACAGGCGUGCAACAUCGCUGAACAAUCAGAUCUUCUGCGGUGGUGUCAUUUCCAUCUUGACACUGUGCAACUGGACUUUUUGCAGUGAAGUUGACAACCACAAGCUCUCGAAAUUGUGCUGUGCAGCCAUCGUGAACUUAGUGCUGACUGUCUGCAGGGGCAACGUCGAAAGCUCGGUUUGA